UAACCUAUUUUAAAUUGUAACUUGAAAAUAUUUGCAAACAUAAUGUAAUUUUACUAUCUUUUGUAAAUUUGUUUUAAAGAGCAGAAUUCAAAUAGACCCGUAGAAAAAAUCUCAAAGCACUUAGAACGACACAUAAAAGUUCAUGCACAAGUAUCGAGACUAAUUACAUAAGGAGGUUUCAAAUGAGGCUCUAUUCAACUCACGUCAAAUAUGGUAGAUAACAACAUACCAAACGGCAUUUUGGAGUUUACGCCGGGGUCGAUUCCCUUAUUAACAAAAAGAUAAAAUAUAUUUUAGAGAAAAGAAAAAAGAAAAAAUAAGAAGAGAGAAAAGGGUAAGUGUAUGAAAGGAAGAAAGAGAUGAAUUGCAUUGCAUUGCAUACAAAUGUUUGGAGGAGAGGUAUAAAAGGAGAGGAGCCCACAAGUUGGAUUCCAAAAGAUCAUUCCUUUCCUAUACAAAACAAAACAAAAACAAACCCAAACCUAAAGUGAUGAAUUGGGUUGUAAAGUUGGCUUGGCCUUGAGCUCAUUUUGGAACUAUAAUCCAUAAUUUCAGAGAGAGAAAAUCUCAAAAAUGGGUUUUAGAUUUACAUGGAAAGGAACCCACUUAGUAAAUUGUAUUUGUAGCACAACGAGUGAAUUUGAUCUUCGUCAGAGUCGGUCUAGGAGUGAAACGAGGAGUAGAGCGACUAUUUUGGCGAUAUAAUCGUUUCCAAAAAUUCUCUACAUGCAACUGGAUUUGAGAAGAAUCUAAUUCCCUCUCUUGAUCUUUUUCAUUUCGCUUUGGUAGCUUCGCUUUCUCACUUUUUUUUUUUUUUUUUUACCCCCCCCAUGUGGGUUCUGUUUGUCGAGAGUCUCUUAUGCUUUGUUAAGUGGAAAUAGUGACUUUGUUUCAGAUGGAUUAGAAACUAGGAUGUGUUUGAAUUUUGGUUUGCGUUUUGAAGUCUAGAUGGAAGAUGAUAGGAAUGGCAGAAGAGGAGCAAAAACAGAGGUGUUAUAAUAAUAGAUUUGGGAGUUUUGGGACAAUUGGUGGUAUUAGUGGUAGAUCUUCUUCUAAGAAACUUAAACCAAAGCCUAAGAAAGUUCCACAAAGAGGACUUGGCGUUGCACAGCUUGAGAAGAUUAGAUUAGAGGAACAACAGAAGAAUGAUGCAGCUGCUGCAAUUUUCUCAUCUUCUUCUCCAUUGUCACCAACCAAAUCCUCCUCUUAUUUGUCUUUACCGAUUCCUAGUUUUCUCCAAUCAAACCGAUCAUCAUCUUCGUCGUCUUUCCCUUCGUCACCUCCGGUGAAUCUCUCCUCGUCCGCCUCAAUGUUUGGGCCACCUCUGCCUGUUUUAAACAUGCAUGUUAAAGAUUCUUUCACUGUUCCAUUGAUGGAUCAAGCAAAUAGUGGUGGAUCUGAAACUGGGUUGUCUGCAGUUACAAUUUUGGAGCAAGGAAAUGCUCUCAAAUGGCAAAAUUCUUGUGAUUACUAUCUUGAGAAGGAAAAUUAUGGGGUUGAUCCUGGGUUGGCACUUCGUUCAGAUUUUGAUUUCCCUUAUGGAGUUAACCCUGGCUUGCCUUCUACAAAACUCCUGCAAAGAUCACAGGAAAAUCAAGCACCUUCUCCCAUGGUGAAUCUGUCAUCAACAACUUCAAUGUCUUCUGGUCUUAAUGUCCAGAUAGAGCCCCCUUCAAACCAAAGCUAUUGUUAUGGCAACUACUCAACCAUCUGGCCAGACAAGGAAGAGAAGAUGUUCGGCACGAAGAGAUUGCCUCGCUUUUCUCCAAACAAUCCAACUGAACCGGUGUUUGAUCACAACUCUUCCUUCACUGUUCCAAAUAGAUCCGAUGAUUCAACAUCACAUGGCAAUGGAAGCGCACUGAGUUUUCGAGAGGAUCGUGCUCGGAGCUUAACAUGCGUAUCUGCACCGAGUUCCUUGGAACACAUCAAAGACGAUGACUUUAAUGGAAACUUCCUUACCCUUGCUUCUCUUGCUACUUGUUGGACAUCAUGUUCAAGCUCUAAGAUUGCUAAGUGUCCUCCAACCUAUCCUCUUCUUCAGAAUCUUAGGAAUUCCAAUUCGGAACCACAUUCUUCUCAGGGAGGAUUAAAACCUGUCAGAUUGGCCGAAAAGCAGCCUUUCUAUAGCUUCCUCCCACCUGCAGAGACAAAAACUGGGAAAGAAACUGCCAUUUCUAAAACCAAGUGCAAUGGGGAAGUAGGAGAAAUACUUGAUCUAGAUUUGAAGUUGUAGAAGCUAGAGCUUAAUGUUAUGUUGUAGCCACAGUGGUGGGUGUUCAUACAAUAGAUAUCCUCAUUGCUACAAAACCUGUAUGUUACCCUUUUGCAAGCUCUGUUUUUGGUUAAACUAGAUAGGUUUAAAUUAUGCUGUUUUGUGUAAGAAACCCAAAAUCCUAGCCUGAAGUUGGUUUCUUGGGUACCUUUUUCUGCUAUUAGUUUUUUGUUUUUCAUUUCUGCAAACCACAGUUUUGAUGUCAGUUUCAAAGUCAAAAAAAUUAAAAACUAGAUUUGAAAUUCUGAUCUCC